GUAUAAUUGAUGAAUAAAUUAACCUUGUGCUUUGCACAUUUACAAAUUAUCUAUUCAAAUGCUGAUUUACAUAUAUUUGAAAGACCAAAACAGUUUGUCAGUCGCCGCUACCAUCCACAGUUUUGCCGGUACAAGUGAAAAAUACUUAAACAGUUGUUCCACUUGUCAGCCCCAGGCCAUGUCCUUAAACUGUUUACAAAUUGUAAUUGCAUUGGGUGGGAUACACACGAAGGGGUUAUCAUGUUGGGGGUCACGCGUUUCCCGUUUACCGCUCACGUGAAUCCUGGGACUUGUAGUUCUUGAGGCUCACGAGCGGGUUGAUUAUUGCCGGUUGGGAACUACACGUGCUACGGUGCGGCGCAGUCGCAGUGUCCUUGGACAGGAUCGAAGAGGCGCAUCCUGGAUGUUUCCUGGACCCCUGCAGUUGUCGACGGAAACGCAAGGAGACAAACGCUGUACCGAAGUGGGAUUUGAAAAAUGGCAGACCGCAUGAAUAACUUUCCUCCACUGCCUCAGUUCCUGAGAAUAAAGCCAUGUUUCUACCAGAACAUAGAAGAGGAAAUUCCUGCACCCCACCAGCAGUUGGUGCGCAGAGUCUACACGCUUUGGAUGUUGUAUUCAGGCACGCUUUGUUUAAAUGUGAUAUCAUGCAUUGCUUGGUGGGCUGGGGGUGGAAGCGCCACCAACUUUGGCUUCUCUCUACUCUGGCUCAUCCUCUUCAGCCCUUGCAGUUACACCUGCUGGUUCAGACCCCUCUACAAAGCCUUCAGGGCUGAUAGUUCGUUCAACUUCAUGGCCUUCUUCUUCAUCUUCUUCCUCCAGUGUGUCUUGGCACUCAUCCAGACUAUAGGCAUCUCUGGCUGGGGAACAUGCGGCUGGAUUGCGACAGUGAUGUUUUUCAGUUAUGAUGUGGGCUCCGCUAUAGUGAUGCUUAUCACAACUUUGCUCUUCACUCUGGUGACUGCUUUAAUGGCACUGGUUCUCAUUAAGGUGCACAGACUGUACCGUGGCGGUGGCGGUAGUUUGACCCGCGCUCAGGAGGAGUGGAGCAGCGGGGUGUGGAAGAGUGCACCAGUGAGGGAAGCAGGGUUCAACGUUGUUGCUCAGUCGGCUCAGGGUCCGAGCUUGCCUCAGUACCCUACUGCAGUGCCGAGCUACCCUGACAACAGUCAAUGGUGAUAGCUGAGAGUGGCCUCUAGAUGGAGACAGAUAGCUGGCCUUUUCUGUGGUGCACAAGAAAGCACCUAACAGCGCCAUAUCACUUCAUCCUUAUGUGACAAAAUACAUAUACAUAUUUUUUUUUGAAUGAAAAUGAAGACAGAAUUGCUAAAAGUUUUAUCACAGAGUUUUGUCACCAAAGCUCAUUAAAGACCUACCUUUGUAGUGGAGGGUUAUCUUCGGAAUCUACCAUUCCAUUUCAACUUUGUUUACAUCUAGGUUAUUAAAAUGAAUGAGAGAGAAACACAAUUUUAUGCUCAAGAAAUUUGCUGGUGCAAAUCUGCAAUUGGAUACUUAAAAAAAAAAGAGUAUAAACUGUCUCAGGAUGACAGUAUGUGAGGGACGUGUGCCUUAUGGACCUUUUAUGAUGGCAUUGUUUUAUGUAUUGCCAGACGUUGCAUGCUAGAAAUCAUAGUAUGCUGAAGAACAGGUGGUUUUUUGUUUUGCAACAAGAGAUUGUUCAAACAGCACGAUUUUAUGAAACCUGUGUAUUACGUGUAUUCUGGCAGAAGUUCAGUUUAUUUUUGAUACGCCGUGCUUUAUAUUUCUUCACGCUUGCCUGCUUUGGCUGUGAUUUCUUGAAAUGCGCCUUAAUAUUGCGUGCAGAUUUCGCAUGUUGCCUGGCGCUUUGCCUUAACAAGUGCUGCUUGUUUUUAUGUUUGUUAGACUAGACAUAUGCUUUGGUGAAACAACAUGUGGAAACAUUUCAAAAAGUUGUUGGUGCGUAAUCCUCUGUGUUUUCUCACUGAGCACUGAUGUGCCAAAACACUUGGCUCUUUCCAUUAUUUUCAUACUGGAAAAAAAGGCCACACCCAAAAUAGAUAUUUUGUACUCAGUAUUUCUCAGUUUCUGUUGUUCCAAAGUUGCACUGUUUGCUUUUAGUGGUCAGCGCCCUGCCGUGAAAGCACCUUAUCAGCUGUUGUCAAUGUUCAGUCACUUUCACUUUCCCCCAGAUAGACUGAAUUUCUGUGUCCAGUGACUGCAGUGUGCUUGCAUGCAGCCUAUCACGGGAGUGAACAGGAGUCUCAUAUUUCAAAUGAACUGACCUCAUGUAACCAAUAUAAACAACUGAACUGGCUGACAGAAUAAAAUACUACGAUUGGAUCAGCAGUAGAGUAAAAUCUUGCAUGUAAAUGUUUUUACAGGCUGUUGUAAUGCAGUCUGAUGUGUGGACUAAUCUACUGUCGUUCAAAAGAAUCCUGUUAAAGAAUUGAUUAAACCCAGUGCAUUUUUUGCAGGUAAUGUAACAGUUGAUCCACUUUUAUUUUGGCUCAAUUAUGCAGUCAAAGCCUGUAAGAAGUGUGAGCACCGGCUUGAAGUUAAAGGUGCCUCCCUCAUGGUUUGACUAUUUAUUUUUUCUUCUCCUGUUACAAAAGUGUCCUUCAUGGCCAACUGCCAAAUCCAAGCAUUUUGAUUUUUCUCUGUUAUUUGAUAAGUGAGAAAAUGGAAAAAUGUAACCUUUAAAUAUCGCAACAUUUCAAUAAAUAUUCUUAUUCCCAUCGUG